AUAACAUAUCAGUAUUAGUUAGUUAUUGUGCUAAACAAUACUUCCAACAUGUUCAUUAAGGUGUUAUCUCUAUUAUUAAUUGCUGUAGCUGUUUCUGGCCAUUGUGCUUGCAAUAACAAGCACAUUCCACAUGGAGACAAUAAAAUACCCAAUCAACAUGGACUAAUGCCUUAUCAGUACGGACAAAUGCAUAAUCAACAUGGAUUAAUGCAAAAUCAAUAUGGACAUGUGCCUAUUCAGCACGGACAAAUGCAUAACCAGUAUGGUCUAAUGCAUAAUCAGCGUGGGCAAAUGGAUAACCAGCGUGGGCAAAUGCAAAACCAGCGUGGGCAAAUGGAUAACCAUCGUUGGCAAAUGGAUAACCAACGUGGGCCAAUGCAAUACCAGCGUGGGCAAAUGGAUAACCAACGUGGGCUAAUGCAAAACCAGCGUGGGCCAAUGCAUUCCCAGCGUGGGCCAAUGCCUAACCAGCUUGGGCUAAUGCAAAACCAGCGUGGGCCAAUGCAUAACCAGCUUGGACAAAUGUAUAACCAGCGUGGGCCAAUGCAUACUCAACAUGCAAAUAAGCAACCGCAUAACCCUUAUGCCAACUACAGACUGGGGUGGUUGCUAAAGAACAUGAACCAUAAGCCGGUGCAUGAGCAUCAAAACGAAGGGCCCUCCUUGUACCAACCUUAUGGUUUUUACAGGCAUUCAGGUUAUGAACACUAUGAUAACCGUUAUAAUCAUAACAGGUACUAUGCACAAGUGGAAAACAGGACUCCUGUGAUGAUGCCUAAUCAUAAUUUACGAUAUUAAAAUAAUAAAUUAUUGUUUGGAGAAGAACAAGCAAGAAAUCUCAUGGAUCUUCUUCAGUAUUAUUUGAAGUCAAAUAUUGACAAAUAGAAAUUAGUCGUAGGUAGACUAAUUUUUUCAGCAAAACAAGUUUUUUUUUAAUGUUCGACAUAGUUAUAAUUUGUUAGUUGUCUUAUUCAUCGACUUUACCGGAUUCAUCGAUUACCGAUUCUAUAUCGAAUUACCGAAAAAGUCGAGGGAAAAGACCCUAGUGAAGUCGGAGUGGCAUGCUAGUUUAUUAUAGCAAUGGAAUCGCUUCGAAGCGAUUGGCACUUGUCUAGAUAUCUAUAGUGGCCCUUUUCAUCCAAUCACCCCUAAACUGUCACCUAACUAAAAGUUACUUAGCGGGACGUAGCACUUAGACUAACGUCUUACUUGGACUGUUAGUUAUAGGUUGGUGUAAACAAAAAA